GGGAAACUCCCAGAAGCUGAAAACUGAGAAGGUGAAAGUCAGCUGUGCCUUCACUGUGAGGCAGAGCCAUGGCUGGUUCUGGGGGUCCCGUCCAGGAUCUCUGUGCUGAAGCCACUUGUCCCAUCUGCCUGGAUUACUUCAAGGAUCCAGUGACCACUGCGUGCGGGCACGAUUUCUGCCGAGGCUGCUUGAGCCGGUACUCUGGGGUCGUGGGCUCACAGCCUUCCUGCCCUCAGUGCAGAAAUGCAGUUCAGCCAAGGAGUCUCGCCCCCAAUCGGAAACUGGCUAACUUUGUAGAAAUAACCAAGAAGCUGAGCCUUCAAGAGGGUAAGUGGGGAGUGUGUGAGAAGCACCAGGAGCCCCUGAAGCUCUUCUGCAAGGAGGACCAAACCCCCAUCUGUGUGGUGUGCGACAGGUCCAGGGAGCAUGAAAACCACAAGGUGAUCCCUCUGGAGGAGGCUUCCAGGGAGUUUAAGGUAGGAAAUCACUCUGAAAUCUUAACAGGGGAAUGAAUAUCAGUGGAUUUUUCUUGGGACGUUUUCUGCAGAUUCACCCAGCGAGUCAUUAUCCAGUCCAAAUUAGGCUAAUUGUAUGGGUACCGCUUACAUGUUGUUUAAUUAAGCAAUUAGCAGCUGAGGAGAAGUCUGGGGGCUGUUGGGUGGCAGCGGGGGUGUGUGUGUGAGAGAGUUUAAUUCUUUCUCUUCCACGGUGCCAUAGCAAACUAUCUCUGAAAUGGUAAGGGGUAACGGGCUGAAAUUUGGGGAUGGUGUAUGGGUGGCUAUUUGGGACGGUAACCUAGAACAACUAACCUGCAGGUCUAGUUAUGUGUGAACUGCACAAUGAAAAGUGUGCUGAAGUUAAGCUUUUUGCACAGAGAAUUGGAUGUGAAUGUUAUGCAGAACUGCAUACAAACAUGUAUGAGAAAUUCAUGCAAUAAUGCUAAUUAAUUUAAUUUAAUCCCCCCAAUAAUUUUUAUUACAUUUUCUGUUUUACAGUUUAGAAUAUUAAUUUAAACAUCCUUAAGAUAUCAAUGACUUCCCUUCUUCUCUUUCCAUGGUUCAUUUUGCAUACCAUUAAUCCCUGCGUAUUUUACAUAAGCAUAAUACUACUUGCUUUCUUUUUUAGUCUCUGUUAAAAUUAAACUGAUAUGGAUAUAUGGGGAACUGAAGGAAAAUGACAGAAAUUAAAAUUGGCUGGUUCACCUAUCCCUACCCCAAACCCUGGUGUGGGCUAGGCUGACUGAUUUCAAAGUGUCAAGAAUGCAUCCAUUCCAGGGUCUGAGCAGUCUUCAUACUGGAGCCUGUGGUAGGCAGUGAAUUCCCUUCUCUCUCUCUUUCCCUCCUCUAGGAUAUGAGAGGCACCUUGCAGAGGUAAGUGGAUCCUGUUCAUUUGUAUUAGCAUUGCUCCACAAGGCCAGGAAGGGUCCAGAACCCCAGUACAUGUAACCUGGCCUUUCAGUGGCUCCUGGGGAAGAGACAGUAGGCAUCCACACCCAGAAGCAUUUCACAGGUGAACGUAGGGCCCCCUUUUUUCAUCUUGCAGCACCCCAAUUCUCCAUGCAAAGACCAGGGCCAGAUCACUCCCUACACCCUCCCCCUCCAUUCGCAUGGCUGGAUAAUCUUCUCUGUCUCUUGUACAUCAUAUUCAUUUAAUCUGGGAUAGUUCCAAACAUCUAUACAAAUAGAUAUGCCCAGUGCUUUUUUUUCUAAGCAAAAUGUUUAGGGGUACUCUCAUUUUCCUACUCAUAUUGAAAUACUGCCCCUCAAUGAGGUCAAACUUAGAUUCAAAAAAUGUUUAGGCUGGUAUGCGUCCCCCUGCGUCCCCCAGAAAAAAGCACUGGAUAUCCCUAAGGUAUAAUCAAGGCAAAGAUGGAUUUUGGCAUCCAAAUGGAAGAGGGCAGAGACAGCCAGAGCAUGGCUGUGUCCUUGGGCAGGAAGUGCUGGUUCCCGUCUUCCUGAACAGCCCCUCAGCAGUGGCAAGGCUGACUUAUUGUUGGCUGGACCGCCUGCCCAUCUCACCAGGUCACCUUCUCCUAACCUGCCAUGUAUCACAGGCGUAUUGGGAAAGGCCCCUGACUGAAGAGCAGGCAGAGAAAUAGCCACCCCACUUCCUCUGCUCUCAGGACACACCUUGCUGCCUCUGUCCCUGCGCUGAGAACCUGCUGUACCUCUUUCACUAAAGGCUAUUGUGCGGGAGAGAGAACAGGGCUCCUGUUUUGGGGACAUGCCAGAGUCUCUGUGGGUGAGGGGUCCUGGGGGAUGCCCAUCAGUUUCUUCUCCAUUGCUCCCUGCAUGGGGUUGCAACAGAGGAACUCUUGGCAUGAUUGAUUCUAUUUCUACAUUUGAGGAGAUGUAAGUGAAGAGGCUCAGAGACCUGGGGUUGCUCUUUUGGCCUUCAGAUGUCUGGUUUUGGAGUCCAUCGUAAGGAGGAAUCUCCUCCCCUCUGUGCCUCCAUCCCUCUGUGCUUGCCUCCCCCUCCCUCUCGGCUUUCUAAAGUUUCCUUUCUCCUAUCAAUUCCUUUAUUUUGUUGUACUUUGGAUUUGAGUGGGUUACCCUUGGUUUUUCCAAACAGCAGUGAGAAAAUGGAGACAUCUGAGAAUCCACUGGCUCUCCCACCAGAGCCAAGGAGCAGGGCCUUGGAAUACUGUGUUGUAGAUCCCGUUCUAGAUGUUAACAUGGAUCAGUUCAAAGGUAAUGAAGUAUGGCUGCAAGGGUUUUAUGAUGGACAUUGUAUAAGUCGAAACCAUGAAGUCUUAUUGACUUCAAUUGGUUCUUGCCACAGACAGCGGUAGCACCAGCAGAAUUACCUUUGAAAUAUGGAUAGAAUCAUAGAAUUGUAGAGUCAGUGUAGGAAUCUCAACUAAAACAUGCAUGGCAGAUGGCCAUCCAACCUCUGCUUAUAAACCUCCAAGGAAGGAGAGUCUAUCACCUCCCACGGGAGGCCUUUCCACUGUCAAACAGCUCUUACCCUCAGAAAGUUCUUCCUGAUGUUUAGUCAGAAUCUCCUUUCUUGUAAAGAAAGGUGGACAAAGCUGUUGCACCUUCUCCUCCAGCCAGGCAGCCAUGCUCUCCCCAGAGAGGCUCGCUUGGCACCUUCCUUACAUAUCUUUAAAGGGAUCCCUAACCAUUAGGUCCUGUCGUGGCCGCUCAUCUCGCUUUAUUGGCCAAGGGAGCCGGCAUACAGCUUCUGGGUCAUGUGGCCAGCAUGACAAAGCCCCGCAGUGCACGGAAACACCGUUUACCUUCCCGCCUGAGCGGUACCUAUUUAUCUACUUGCACUUUGAUGUGCUUUUGAACUGCUAGGUUGGCAGAAGCAACAGGAGCUCACCCCAUUACGGGGAUUCAAACCGCUGACCUUCUGAUCGGCAAGCCCUAGGCUCUGUGGUUUAACCCACAGCGCCACCCGCAUCCCUACAUAUCUUUAGGCACCAGGUAAAAACAUUCCUCUUCUCCCAGGCCUUUGGUGGUCUCUUGAACUAUGAGGGGGUGGGCAGGCUAUUGCUUUUGUUUGUUACCUGGUUAUGUAGUUUUGUGUGGACGCUGCGGGUUGCGAACAUGAUCUGUGCAGGAGGCACGUUCGCAACCCGCAGCGUCCGCAACCUGCAGCGCUGCGUCUGCACACGCAUGGGUUGCGAUUUGGCAUGUCUGUGCGUGCGCAAGUGCCGAAACCCCGAAGUAACCCGUUCCGGUAUGGAACCCGUUUGGCAGGUCCGUAACCUGAAAACGCGCAACCUCAAGCGUCUUUAACCUGAGGUAUGACUGUAUUGUAAACCACCCUGUGGUCCUCAGAUGAAGGGCAAUAUAGAAAUUUUAAUCAUCAACAUCAACAACUUCCCCUUGUUGCAGGUGUAGCUUCCUACAUGCGCAGGCAGGAAAACAAAAAUGGCUCAGGUUUUGCAGUAGCAGCUCCCUCACCAUUCAUGUCUUUUGCUUCUACAUACACUGUGACACAGCCCCUCUGGGCCUCCCCCUUCAAGUCCCUUUCAAAUGCCCUUGUUGGCUAGCCCUGUUCACAAGCCUCUGGUUGCAAGGUCCCAGAGACUGAGGGCAGCUAUGGAGACCUGAGGGCUGUUAACUUCACUCCCAACAGAGUCAGUUGCUUGCUUCCUCCUCCAGCCUCUCUUCCUUUCAGCAGCAGUCUGUCCACCUGAGAUCAUGCUGAAAUAUACUCAGGAGUCGAGUGUGGAUUUCAUGCUCUUUAUUCAGCUCAGAGUAGUGAGGCAUGGAAGUUUCCCCGAAAUGUCUGCUUUAUAUACGUUAUUUACACAAUGGGCCCCACGUGAUUGGCUAAUUCUGGGGUUCUCCUGUAGGCCAAUCAGGUUGCGGAUUCACUUCCACCCGGAGUUGGAUUGGGUGGCUCCUGCGGACCAAUCAGACUGCUGCAUUCUGAAUCCUAUUGUUCUAGGACCAAUCGGACUGUUGCAUUUUGGAUCCUACAUAACACAUGCACAGCAUGAAAAUGCAAGCAGGCCUCCAAACAAGCAACCCGUGUUAAUUAAAAAGAUGCAAGCUCUCUUUGUUCUGUUUCUUCUAGCAAUCUCUCACCAGUCACUGCACCUACAGCUCUGUUUACUAGCCCUCUUCUCAGUCAAGCUACCCCUAUCCAAAUAAUGCCCCAUAUGGACAGUCAGUCUAAGGCACUGAUGGCGGUGUUGGCUUUAGGAAGAAAUGGUGGUUGUGACAAAUAAAGGCAGCCAGCACCAUAUUCGCUUUUAAGCCCACAUGCACCAAAUAAAUGCAUAUUCCUAAGCAUCCGAUCGCUGGAGAACUGCAUAGCAAAAUGCAGAGAAGUGUGGAUUUUGGAGGAGUGAUGUGUUUUGCUUCUCAUCUUGUUUUGGAAAGUGUGGAUUUAACAGAUUCACCUUUAAAUCUUAACUGUAUUUAAUUCACUCCUGUCAUUACCUUUUCCCCAGUGUUUCUGUAUGAGCCACCUGGGAAAUCUCCUCUCUUGCCCCCAUCCAUUCCCCCUCUGCUUCAUUAUAUACAAAAGCUUCACCAACAUUUUUCUGGGUGGUUUUGCUUUUUGUGAAGGGUGCCUGGAUUCACAGGGGGGCAUAAAAAAUAAACCUGGCUCAAAACAUUGAACAAAGAAGAUAUUACGUCUUGAGAAGGAGGGGAGUGUCCCAAUCCUGACAUCAAUGUAUGAAUGGGCUCAUCCAGACUUCCUUUUGUGCUAUGUUUUUAGACUUAGGUCUGAGCACUUUCUUUCUUUCUUUUUGCCUAGGCGCUUUCCCUGUGAAAACUCACUUUUCACUGCUGAAUUGGAACAAAUGGCAAUCUACCCAAAUUGCCAUUUGUUCUGACUCAUCCUUAAACAGCAGGUUUUCCUGGGGAAAGUGGUGGUGGAUGAGUGUUUAGAUCCAUAGUUUUAAAGUGCAGGAUUGUGCCUAGAAAGUGUAGGGCCAAAGACAAGUAUGGAUGAGCCCAAAGAACCCGAGGUGUUUCCAUGGAUCAAGACCUCUGUCUCUGAUUCUCGGCUGAUUCUGACUCUCUUCUCAUUUCCUCAUCUUCUCCCCAACAGCAAACGUCACUCUGGAUCCAGACACUGCCCAUCCCAUUCUCAUCUUGUCCGAGGAUCUUCAAAGUGUGAGAUAUGGAGCCAAACUGCAAGACUUGCCCAGCAAUCCUGAGAGAUUCAGCCAACGUCCUUCUGUGAUGGGAUGUGAAGGAUUCACAGCAGGCAGACAUUUCUGGGAGGUUGUUGGGGCAAGUGAGGAAGGAUGGGCUGUGGGGGUUGCUAGGAAGUCUGUGAGGAGGAAGAACUACUUUCCCUUAAGUCCGGAGGGAGGGAUCUGGGCUGUGGGGAGAUGGGAAGGAGAGUACAGGGCCUGCGACCCCCCUAACUACUCUCUUCUGCCCCUGAGUGGGGAGCCCAGGAAGAUCCGAGUGGCUCUGAACUAUGAAGGGAGGGAGGUAUCUUUUUUCGAGGCUGACACAGGAGCCCAUCUCUACACGUUCUCAGGAGCCUCGUUCUCUGAACAGACACUCUUCCCUUUCUUUUUUCUUCAGAGAAAUGAAACCCACCUUAGGAUCUCCUGAGGAAAACAAAUCUGCCUCACAGGCCUGGUUGGAGUUGGAGCCGAGAAAUAUCAGUAUAUAACCAACAUAUUUAUUCAUCACCAGCCACCAAGAAUAAUAAAAUACAAAAAAAAGUAAAUAAGAAGGGAACUACUGUUGUGUUGUUGAAUAAUCUUAUGAAACAUAGAGGUUCCUUGUUGCAAAGGGAGGUGCCCUCUGUACAUGCCCAGGCCUUUUAUUUCUGAAGCUCAAAGUUCCUAAGUAAAAUUUUCCUCGUCACAUUCUUUCCCACCCCUCAGCCUUUUUCAACCCACUUUUAACACCUAGUCUUUAUUUAUUCCCUGCACAGUCCUGUCAACCCGGAUGGGUUGGGGGGUGGAGUUGUGAAUAUCAACUGCUUUGGGAGCUCCCAUAAAAACAUGUUUACAAAGAACCGAAGCAGGGUUUUUUAAAUAACCCCCCCCAAAGCUUUUCUCUUGGGAAUUAUAGCGACAGAACUACCUAAAACUUGUCAUAUAUGUGACUACAGUGGCAAGAAUGUUACCUGUCCAAAAAUUAAAAGAAGAAGAAAGUUCCAGCAGAGGAAGAAUGGAUACAAAAACUUAUGGAAUAUGCUGAAAUGGUGAAACUUACCCGAAG